AUGUACCAAUACUUAAAUUAUCAUCUUGAGUUGGAUGAUGGGGAUCAGCCGCCAAUUAUCACAAAUACUAGUACUUGGAUGCUUGAAGAAUAUUAUUCAAAUCAUUCUAGCUUCACUUCUACUACUAAUACUAAUACACCGUUUGUGUCAUCAUCUCAAAUGAUCAGCAAUGGAGGAUCCUUCGAUGGCGUGCCAAUGGAUCAGCAUGAUGAUAAUUUCAUGCAGCUUGAUGAUAAAUGCAAGAAGGAUGAGAAGAAAGCUAAGGUUAAAGGACAAGUUAUUGCACUUCGAACACGAACAGAACUGGAGACUUUGGAUGAUGGGUUCAAAUGGAGGAAGUAUGGGAAGAAAAUGGUGAAGAGUAACCCUAAUCCUAGGCAUUACUAUAAAUGCUUAAUUGAAGGAUGCAACGUCAAGAAAAGAGUAGAAAGAGAUGGAGAAGAUUCAAGCUAUCUGAUAACUACCUAUUUUGGGAAGCACAACCAUGAAAGCUCCGGCGCUGUUUACUGUGAUCGAUCGCCUUUCGUCCUCAUGCUCCGGCCAUCUCAAUCUACCUAA